ACUUAGUUUGUGAAUAAACUGUGAAAGUGUUACUGCGUUAAAUUGAGCUUGCACAAGUUCAAAAUCAUAUAAUACGAAAUAAUACAUUCUAAAACAAUUUUGAAUACAAAAUGGAAACAAGACGAUUGAGAAAUGUAAAUGCUCCCCAACAUCUAGAAACUGAACACGAUAAUAAUUCAACUUACUCCGAUGACCCUUACGAAUUCAACGACGAUGACAAUGACCCCGCUUAUGAAUAUUCAAAUUCAAAUAUGAGUGACUGCCUGGAAUCUUCUAAUCAUUCGUCAAGUGAAUCGGAGUCAGAACUUUUAGAAUUAAUACCGCCAACAAAAAAGUAUAAAAACAACAAAAGUAAUAUUCAUAAAAAUUACUGCAAUAAUAUCACUAAUCAUAGUGAUCGAUCAUCUAGCGAAUUUGAUUCUUCGGUUUUUAACGAGGAAGUUACAGAAAAUUCGACGCCAAACUUUGUGCGUCCAAAUGAUCCGAAGAACAUCAAGGAGCCUCAGCAGACUUAA